AUGACACACGAAAAGGUGGGCGAUGGCAAUGUCCUCCGGCUGUCUGAGAAGACCAAGGAACUUCUUGAGAUUGACGAAAGGUACUCUGCGGGAGGGAUAUUCCCACUUCCAGUUUUUAUCAAGAGCGGCAAAGGUUCUAUCCUAAAGGACAUUGACGGACGGGAGAUCAUUGAUUUUAUCUCUAUGCUAAGUGCCACAAAUCUCGGCCAAUGCCACCCAAAACUCGUUGAGGCUCAGAUCGCCUCUAUCAACACCAUCACGUUGACCAAUAUCGCCACCAAAGUAGGCGACUGGGCUGAAUUUGCACAUGAAAUGUGCGGACGGUUUGGCUUUGACAAGAUGGUAGGAGUGGUGUCUGGGUCGGAAGGCGCCGACGCAGCGGUCAAAUUUGCUCGCAAAUGGGGCAUCAAGGUCAAAGGUAUCGACCCAAAAAAGACACUUGUUCUAGGUGUGUCGGAUAACUAUCAUGGUGUCUCUUCGGGAAUAUGGCCUAUAAUGAACGAUAUGGGUCAAGCAACAGACUAUGGUGUCCAAAAUGAAAACCUGCGAAAUACUAACCCCGAAACUGGGAAAGCUUUGAACUACUGCUGCGUCCACGAUUUUGAAGAGGUGUUUGCUGCUGUCCAUAAUCGAGUAGCUGCAGUGAUUAUGGAGUGCAUCCACGGAAAGAGCCCUGCCUUUGAGGAAGAGCUUAACUUCGCCAUAGCAGUCCGCAAGCUCUGCAAAAGAUACAAUAUUCUGUUCAUUGCAGACGAAGUGCGCAUGGGGGCGGCCAAGACCGGCAAAUUUCUCUGUUCUGAUUGGAUGGGAGAGGAAAACAAACCUGACAUGGUUGUGAUGGGCAAGUCCAUCACGGGCGGGGCCUAUCCUGCAUCCUAUAUCCUCGGCAAUAAUGAGGUCAUGGACCUGAUAGGUGGCUAUGAGUCUGUGGCCACAUUUGGCAUGGCACCUCAGGCAAUUGCAUUGACUCGCGCAACCCUCGAUAUCAUUGAGAAGGAAGAAUUGCUGGAACGGGCUGCCUGGAUCGGCGAGGUUUGGAGACAGGAAACAUCUAGCUGGCAAUCGCCCUGGCUAGAUUAUGUCACCAAUCGGGGGGCAGACUUUGGGCUUUAUCUGAAGCGGACGAAUAACCCAUGUGUGACAACAAGAAAAUUGGCUAUGUUAUGCCUCCACAAGGGUAUACUCGUAUACCCUGAUGGGGAUCGCCUCCGACUGGGAGUGGCCUUAAAUAUCCCUGAGUCGCAGCUUCGUAGGGGUAUUGCGAUCCUGAAGGAAGCGCUUGAUGAGAUCGAUGGCUACGACGAGAUCGAGACGGGUCCUCCCAUGAAGGGCACGGUUCCAUCCAUGUAA